GUCGCUCCAAGUCGCGUCUCUCAGAGAUUCAUCAAGCCUCAUCCGGAACAGUUCAGUCAGUGCUUUAACCAUGUGUGACGAAGAAGUUGCUGCUCUUGUCGUUGACAAUGGCUCUGGAAUGUGCAAGGCCGGGUUCGCCGGGGACGACGCGCCUCGCGCCGUGUUCCCGUCCAUUGUGGGCCGUCCCAGGCACCAGGGAGUGAUGGUGGGCAUGGGCCAGAAGGAUUCCUACGUGGGAGACGAGGCGCAGAGCAAGCGAGGCAUCCUCACGCUCAAAUACCCCAUUGAGCACGGCAUCAUCACGAACUGGGACGACAUGGAGAAGAUCUGGCAUCACACCUUCUACAAUGAGCUCCGCGUGGCUCCCGAGGAGCACCCUGUGCUGCUCACGGAAGCUCCCCUCAAUCCCAAAGCCAAUCGCGAGAAGAUGACGCAGAUCAUGUUCGAGACCUUCAAUUCGCCAGCAAUGUACGUGGCUAUCCAGGCCGUGCUGUCGCUCUACGCUUCCGGACGCACGACCGGCAUUGUUCUGGACUCUGGAGAUGGCGUCUCGCACACUGUGCCCAUCUACGAGGGCUACGCCCUUCCACACGCCAUUCUUCGAUUGGAUUUGGCCGGCCGGGAUCUCACGGACUAUCUUAUGAAGAUCUUGACAGAGCGCGGCUACUCCUUCACCACCACAGCCGAGCGGGAGAUCGUGAGGGACAUCAAGGAGAAGCUGUGCUACGUGGCGCUGGACUUUGAGCAGGAGAUGGCCACAGCCGCCGCCUCGACUUCCCUGGAGAAGUCCUACGAGCUGCCCGACGGCCAGGUGAUCACCAUCGGCAACGAGAGAUUCCGCUGCCCCGAGGCACUCUUCCAGCCCUCCUUCCUGGGCAUGGAAUCCUGCGGCAUCCACGAGACCGUGUACAACAGCAUCAUGAAGUGCGACGUGGACAUCCGCAAGGAUCUCUACGCCAACACUGUCAUGUCCGGCGGCACCACGAUGUAUCCGGGCAUCGCCGAUCGCAUGCAGAAGGAGAUCACAUCCCUGGCGCCGUCAACCAUCAAGAUCAAGAUCAUCGCGCCACCGGAGAGGAAGUACUCCGUGUGGAUCGGCGGCUCCAUCCUCGCCUCGCUGUCCACCUUCCAGCAGAUGUGGAUCUCCAAGGAGGAGUACGACGAGUCCGGGCCCGGAAUCGUGCACAGGAAGUGCUUCUAAGCGCAAUUCUUCAAAGUAUUCUCUCAUCAAUACACUGUCUCAACCUAGGAGGUAUAAAAUCGCUCGUAUUAUUCUUUAAGAGAUGUAUUAAUAGAUCUUAAAUAAAUAAUUGAAAUUUCUAAGAUA